AUGCCGUGUCCAGUUCAGAACCAAAACCCAGAACAGAACCCGUAUCGACUACAGAACCAGCAACGGGACCAAAACCCAGACCAAAACCAGAGCCCAGACCAGAACCCGUACCCAGUUCAGAACCAGAGCCCAGACCAGAACCUGUAUCCAGUUCAAAACCAGAUCAUAGACCAGAACAUGUAUCCAGUUCAGAACCAGAUCAUGGACCAUAAUCUGCAUCCAGUUCAGAACCAGAUCAUGGACCAGAACCUGCAUCCAGUUCAGAACCAGAUCAUGAACCAGAACCUGAAUCCAGUUCAGAACCAGAUCAUGGACCAGAACCCUUACCCAAGCCCGAACCAGAACCCGUUCCCAGUUCAGAACCAGAGCCCAGACCAGAACCCUACCCAGCUCAGAACCAGAGCCCAGAUCAGAACCCGUACCCAGUUUGGAACCAGAGCCCGAACCAGAACCCUUACCCAGUUCAGAACCAGAGCUCAGACCAGAACCCGUAGCCAGUUCAGAACCAGAGCCCAGACCAUAACCCGUACCCAGUUUGGAACCAGAGCCCGAACCAGAACCCUUACCCAGUUCAGAGCCCAGACCAGAACCCGUACCCAGUUCAGAACCAGAGCCCAGAUAGAACCCGUAUCCAGUUCAGAACUAGACCAUGGACCAGAACCCGUAACCAGUUCUAAUCCAGAACUUAGACCAGAACCCGUGCCACGCUCGAAGCCAAAACAAAGCACCAAGUUCUACUUUACAGCUCCGGCCCUGCUGUUUACCACAAAUACACAGUCCAUCAAAAAAGAACAAACCCCAAACGACUAUUCCACUCGACUGUUAGCAUGGCUACUCCCACUGUUGAGAUGA